AUGGUGGAGACACUGCCUCUGGCUGAUAUUUUUGAAGCCCCUGUUCCAGCAUCGCCUCCAGUUCCAACCGUUGAGUCACCCUUUUCAUCAGCUACUGACAAGCGUGCGCAAUUUCAAAGCAUCAAGAAGGGGAAGGGAAAGGGUGAGGAGACCUUGGAAUUGGGUGCCACACCUAGCCCAGCUAAAGGAGAGUUGGACUCCAAGAAGGGCAGCGUCGAGAAGGAGAAGAUACCGGAUGAUUUCACUGAGGAUGAGGCCGAUGAUGACUUUGUCAAAAGGCAGGAGCAGCUCAAUCUACAGCCAGCUAAGCGAGGAAAAGGCAAAGGCCGUGGUAGGGGUCGAGGUUCAACAGCAACCAAACGGAGUGAUCAUGAUGACCCAGAGGUUGAGGUUCCCGAAAAGAAAAGAAAAAUCGCCACACCGCAGACCUUUUGGACCGAUGAUGUCUCUGAGGAGUGGGCUAGGUGCAAGGCUAUGUGGGACAAGGAAUGGCAGGAGGAGGAAGUGUGGGGUCAGGAAAGCUGGGGCCAAUCGUCUCAGGCUUUUGAUCACUAUGCGCACUUGGAUGGGCAGGUAUCCUUGCACUCACUGGUCGCUGCUGAAGGUGACGGAUGUUCAGGGGAGGGAAAGGCAAAGAAGGUUGAAAAGGCACCCAAGAAAAAAAACACGAAGAAAAAACAUAUUGAAGUCUUGGAGGAAAAGGCGGAUGAUUCAAGUGUUGAGAGUGAGGAGGAGACUUGUCACACAAACCAAAAGGAACAGGUCAAAGCCAUCGCCCAACAUAUCAAGGAUGUUCUUGCAUUGGGCAUUCGGGUCAAGAAGUUUGAGGAUCUGACAAAGCAAACCAAAGAUCGCCUGAGAGAACCUUUUCCCAACACGGAUGAGUGUCGUUACACCCCGUACUGGAACCGCCCAGCCUGUGGUUUCUACCUCAAGUCUGAAGGGAUGGAUGGGGGUUGCUUCUCCGUGCAAAGUGAACAUGGACCAUACCUUCAUCGACUUGUUGCUUCCAUGAAAGCAGCUCAAUUGAUGGCCACUUGA